AUGGCAGACGAAGAGGAGGCGAAUUUUAAGGCUGUGAUCCAGAACAACACGCCAUUUUCAGCAAGAAAUCUAUAUAUGGAACCAUCUCCACUCAUCAUCAUCAUUUCGCUGUUGUAUCUCUCUAGACUAGAGCGGAUUAAUGCAGACACCAUCGAAAUAGCCGUGAAAAAUAUAGUCCCUUAUCUAGAGGAUACAAGCAAUACUGCACACAAGGCCAUCUAUUUUGAUGGAACGCGUGGGCUGGCUGCUUCGGCGGUGCUUAGAGCCAUAGCUGAAGACCCUCCACCAUCUUUGCUGAGGAAAGUCGACAAGGUCAUCCACGUCGAUUGCUCGAGGUGGAAAAGCCGAAGAGCACUCCAGCGGACCAUCGCACAAGAACUGAAACUUCCUCAGCGGGUAAUGGAUAUUUUUGAUAGGCAAGAUGUAGAAGAUGAUUUCAGAGGUGUAGAUGAAAGCUCCAGAGCCGAGAUUGGAGUCGUUGGGAGGGAGAUCCAUCAAGUCCUUGCGGUCCACGGAUGUUUAGUGGUCUUUCAUAAUGGAUGUAAUGAUAUGGUUAAAUUAAGUGAUUUUGGCAUUAUCCAAGCAGAAUUUCUUGAUACCAAGGUAUUAUGGACAUUUCGAGGAAGGCUUCGGCUCAACCCAGGGAUUAGUGAGAAGGUGGAUAAUUCACACCAUUUUCUUUAUGAUGAUUAUAGUUAUAAUGGGUGGAAUUAUUUGCUUACAGAAGAGGCUAGAGAAAUUGCUGGGUACACAAAUAAGCUUGGCAAAACAGUUGAAGAAUGUUUGUUGUAUUUGUUGUCAUUAAAUUUUCAGGGAGGCAACAUAAUGGACUACAACUGGGCCACCCAUGCUUCUAACUAUUGGGUCUGCGAUGGGAUUGUAGAAGGAGGACAGAGUGACGAAGCAUGGAAGGUUGCAGUUGCUCUGCAUCAACACAUGAAUAUAGAUGAUUAUUCAGCUAAUGCACUACCAUCUUUUGGUAAUGGAUUGAAAACUCCUCCUGAACGGUGGAUAUUGUCCAAAGACAGCUCUGUUGUGCAUCCGGAUUCAACGUCUGUUUUCCUUGCUGCAGUCACAAGCGGAUCUGAUCCUCCAUUAAGACCCUUACCUAAUGGCAUGUUUCAUCAAUCGGACAAACUUCGUGUCCUCAAGUUAUGCCGCUGCUCCUUCAACUUUUCUUCACCUCCUUUUUGUUGUUGCCGAAGCUUAAGGUUCCUUGGAUUAGAUGGCUGCAAGGAUCAGCGAGCAGAAGAAGAUGAGAAGCAAGAUAGACCAGCAAUGGAAUUUUUUCAGAGCCUAUGGGUACUAGACAUAUGCCACACGGACUGGGAGUUGGAUCUAUCAACAUAUGUAACAGAGCAGAUGGCUGCAAAUAUUAGGGAGGUACAUAUAAAGAAAGGAAGGAUUUCAUGCCAUAGUUUUUCAUGGCGACAACUACAGAACCUUCACAAGCUUCGAGUGAUUGAGCCUACAAGCCCUUUGCAGACAGGCAAAAUGGAUGAAUUCACAAAUAUGCUGAAGAUGGAGUUCCUCCAACUUUCUGGGAAUAAUACAAUGCAAAUUUUGCCAAGUCUUUCAGGUGCAAGUAGCCUCAAGACCUUGGUACUAAAUGGUUGUGUUGGUUUGGAGAAUGUUGAAGGACUCCCUCCAUCGCUUGAAUCAUUCAGCUUAGCUGCAAGGCCAAGAAAGGAUGAUUACAAUGUAAUCUUAGUAAGCCGCAUCUCCAUGGUUGGUUGUGCAAGAUUGUCUGAGUUCACACUGCAUGGAUCAUUUCCAAACCUUGAGGAGUUGGACCUCUCAGGCACAAGAGUCAAGACACUUAACCUCACAACUCAGGUGGUGCAGGUCCCACGUCUCCAUCAAAUUAUUCUAUUGGGAUGUAUGCAGCUCCAUGCCAUUUUAUGGCCAGAAGAGGGCCUGCCAACGCUGAAAGUGCUGCAGAUUGAUUCCUCGGUCUAUCCUGUGCAAACAAAACUACAUGAAGUGUAUGUUACUAUAAUGGACAUAAGGUUUUUUCAGUCCUUGGUAUUACGAAGCAAUGCCCAAUUCUAUUGGAAGAGGAAUAGGUUCCAUCUAAAUCUUUGUGCCCCUUGUACCACCAAUGUUAAGGGAGAAAGCUAUAUGAAGGAGAAGAUGAGCCCUGGUAAUAGUGGGAAAAUGAUGGGUCCUCCUCAACCAAAGUCAUUAAACCCCAAUACUUGCAGCACCUACAUUGAUGUCCCUGUUGGCAACAUAAUUAUUCAUCAUGACUACAACAAUGGAAUGCAGUUUCAGCCAUCGGGCUGCCAUGUGGAGAUUGGCAAGGGAGUUAGCAACGCUAACGUGGAGAGUGUGCAAGCAAUCAAGGCUCUCUUCUUUGCAAUGAACCAAUCCGAGUCGUUGCAUGUGCAUGACAAUGCUUCCAUCACCACUGUCAUCCCUGAACACAUGAUGUCUAGAGUUGGGACGGAUCUUGACUGGAAACAUCUAAAACAUUGUCAUGUGGUGAGGUGCCCCAAGAUGCGCACAGUGUUCAUGACUAACUAUCGUGGCUACCCCUUUCAAGAAAUAGAGACCUUUUGGGCCGCUAAUCUACCGAUGGCACACUGCAUUUGGAGCAAAGGAAGGAACUGGAAUGCCACGGAAACUACUUGCUUUGCCAAACUGUGGAGCAUACACCUAUACUCUUGCCCAAGGCUCGCAUUUGUGCUUCCGUUAUUGUGGGGUAUUCAAGGAUCAUACUUGCACAAUUUAGAAAGUCUCCACAUUGUCAAUUGUGGUGAUCUAAAGACGGUGUUCCCUGUUCAUCCUGGCCUCAAAGAAACUGUACUUGAGUUCCCAAGGCUGAAGCACAUCCAUCUGUAUGAGCUAUAUAAGCUGCAGCAUAUAUGUGAGGUGAAGAUGCAUGCUCCCAAGCUUGAGAGGGUAUGGCUCAGGGGCUGCUGGGGUCUCAGGCGCCUCCCAGCCGUUGGCGGAGAUAGCGGUCGCCCCAUCAUGGACUGCGAGCAGGACUGGUGGGAGAAUCUGGAGUGGGACGGGCUGGAGGCUGGCCACGACCCAUGCCUCUUCGAGCGACGCCACUCGUCGCAUUACAAGAAGCCCUUGCCCAGAGUUUCUGUGCUUCGGUGA